CCCAAUGGAGGUGGUCUCUUCCCCUUAAGUAGGAACACCCCAGCCUCAGAGACACAGCAGGAAAGGCUCUGAGAGGCUGAAAAGGUGGGAUGGGCACCAGGCAGGGGGAAGGGGAGGGACCCACCCUGAGCACCAGUGGGCGUGGCUCCACCCUUCCCACCUCCGAGCCAUGGGGAGCCAGGGGCCCGGAGGGCUGCCCCUGGUACAGGCCCCCUACACAGUUCUGCUGCUGCCAUUAGGGACAAGCCGCCAAGACCCAGGGGCCCGGAGCUUCUUCCUCUGGCUGCAGAAGAUGCAGGCUCUGGAGAGGGAGCAGGACGCCCUGUGGCAGGGGCUGGAGCUGCUGGAGCACGGCCAGGCCUGGUUUGAGGGCCGUCUGAGGGAGGCACAGCAACAACAGCUGCAUCUGGGGGCUCUUGGUGAGAAUUUUCUAUCAGAUUUACACUCAGAGCCUGGUGGCCCCCAGUUAGCCCAGAUUCAAAAUGUGAACAUCUGUUUGCAGAAUCUGAUUCAGGAGAAGUUCUCCCCACAUCCCUCGAAUCAGGCUAGUUCCUGUGCCACCCAGGACUGGAAGGGAAGGCCAAGGAAGCAGACGGCAUGGCAGCAGCAGGUAAACUGUAGGGAAGUGGGGGGCAGGGCGGAAGCCCCCACCCGCAGGCGGGGAGGAGCACAGAUGCCCACACCGGUUCUCUCCUCCUCUUCAGUUGUCAAGGCAGCAGAAAGGAGGCACUCAGCCCAAAGGGGAGACUGCUCAGCUGGGCUGCCCCAAUAUGCGGAGGGGCCCCACCCGUGUGUGAAGCCUCCUCUCGAUUUCCUCAGUUGGUGA